UGUGUGAGUGAGUGAGUGUGAGUAUGAAAGUGACGCCUGCAGUAUGUACAGUCUACCAAAUGUCAGAGCUACAUUCAUCGCUGCACUGAGAACGUCACAUACCAAUCGUUGGCGAGGGAGGUGCAACGGCACUUAAAAAGAAGGCUUGUUUGAUAAAUAUUCAACAUUUCCACCCGACACCAGAUCACUGAACACAGAGGGACACUCAGCACUCAUCAGCAACUUAACGUGUGGCUGAGAUGAAGAACUUAAUUCAGUCUGUCCUCAUUCUCAUUGCUGUGCUCGAGCCAACAACAGGGACAAAACAGGUGAAAUAUGCUGAAGUGGGAAAAUCAACUAUCCUGAACCCUCCAGACGGGAUUUCUUCAAGGUCAUAUAUGUACUGGUAUUUUGGUGAUAUUGAAAUUGCCUGGCGCAAUACCUUGGGCGGGCACGGGUUGAAUGAAGAUGGAAAGGAAACGGAAAAAUGGAAAAAUAUAUUGUCCUGGUCUGGAGACUCACUGAUUAUCCAAAACAUCAGACAAGAACACUUUGGGAUCUUUGCCUGUAAAGUGUUGGAGAGAAAUGUUCGGAAAACAAUCAUGACUUAUGAGCUACUUGAAUUCAAUGUGUCUGUGAACCCACCGUCUCCCGUACUGGCUGGGGAAUCUCUGUCCCUGGUCUGCAAAGGAGCGAAUACUCAGGAUGGCAAGCAGCCAGAGAUACACUGGCUGAAUCCACAGGAGGAAAAAGUGACCAGCAACAAAGGAGCCCUCACAGAGAAAGCCACAGGCCAACACCGUGGUCGGUGGACCUGUGUUUUGACAGUUGAUGAACAAGAAAACAGAGCCACAAUCUCUGUUGAAGUUGUGGACCUCGCCCCAGCUCAUCCUACUCAAUAUACAUCCAAAAACAGACCUCUCCACAUUCCCUGUUCCAUUAAUCCUCCCACCACCUGGGAACAAAUCAAAGCUAAGGGCUUCGAGGAAGGAAACUGGCACUUCUACCCUGAUUCAGGCUCGAGAUCCAUUUCUGAUAUUCCAGAGAUGCUCUUUUCCCUCCACAAGGAUUCGCUGGUCUGGAAAGCAAAAGAAAGAGCCAGAGACUUGACUCCUGUAAACCCUGAAAAGGGAGAUCUGUCUUUGACGAGAACUAAAGGGAAAGACGCCGACAGAGGAACCUAUGUAUGCAGCCUGAAAUUUAGCAAUGGUGUGACUCUGAGCAGGACUGUACAUGUAGAUGUGCUGCAAAUCACAUCCUCCCCAGGAACAGAGUUAAUUUCUGGCCAGCAGGUCAACCUGAGCUGCAGCCUCGGCCAUCCGCUGCCCUCUGGCCUGCAACUGAAAUUGAUUCCUCCUAAACAAUCGUCUCAGACAUCUGACUCCCCCCAUCUCACCAUCCGGGAAGUGGGUGUAAGAGACAACGGAAACUGGAAGUGUGAGCUGUGGCAGAACAAAACACAGCUAACAUGGGCUAUGACAAGUCUUAAGAUCGAAACCAAGAUGAGUGUGUGGAUGCUGGUGAUUAUAUGCAGUGUCGCUGUCAUUGUCCCUCUCCUCAUCCUCGUUUUCAUCCUCUGUCGAUUCAGACAACGGAAGGUGAGACACGUCAGACAUCGACUCUGCCAGUGCAAAAAUCCCAAGCCCAAAGGAUUCUACAGAACGUAAUGUCUCCAAGAAAGACACUUUCAAGAAGACAUCACAAAAUAUUUUAUUUAUGUC